UGAAGCCCAGACAAGACCCCACCUCUGUAUACUAUGCCUUCCAUUUAAGUCUAACUUAAAUCAUUUCAGACAAUCAGAGAUAGAUAUACCUAAUGUAAUCUUAUUAUAAAAUGCCUCACUAAUGUUACCAAAGAACAUAAUCAUUUAAAAAAUGAUUAAUAAAAAAAAUACAUGAAUGACAAUGGGCUGAAAUAUACCAGAUUUUAAAACUCUCAUAACUUUUAUAUACAAAAAUUCAGGAAAAUAAGUCAUGGCAACGGUGGAAGAAAAGAAACGAGUUGGUGGCUCAAAAGUUUCAGCCAUUGCAAACAUCUUUCAAUCAAAACCACAACUGGACAAUUUAAACCAUAGAACAAAUAAUAUUCUAUCAGAUGGUUUCAAGGAACCAGCUGUGCCUUUAAAAGAGUCUCCUACACAAGUCACAGUUGUUAGAACUGAAAGCCAUGUGGCCCGUUUCAAUAAUGCACGAGCACUUUUUGAGAAACUUGGAGAAGAGAAUAAACCAAAUAAACCGGUGGAUCGAAUUGCGAAACCCAGCAAUUUACAUGGAUUAAGAUCACGUUCUAGCUCAGCAAAUUCUGGAUCAGGUUGUACAUCCCCAGCUAGAUCACCUCGUCCUAGAUCACCAUCACCUCCAGGAACCAGAGAUCAUUUAAGUAAUUGGAGUGCAAGUGUACCAGCCUUGAAUGCUGAAAGACAUUUUGAAAAUGGUCACAAUCAUGGUUUAGAUAAUGUGCCAGAUAAACAUAAAUCACGAGCAGGUUUUGGGAAAUUUGAUAAAAAUUAUGGCAAAGAAAAUCGGUUAGAUGAUCGCCCAGAGAAACCAGAAAAACCAGAAAGGAGGUUGAAUUCAAAAGAGUUAAUUGAAAAGCAAAAGAAUUGGACUAGUCAUUUCUCUAAAACUAGACCAAGCAGAUACAAUUCAGAUCCAAAUAGAUCUGUGGUUCAGAGUUCUUUAAAUCAAAGUGCAAAUAAAGUAAACAUUGAAACUACUCCUGUAGGACAUGCACAAAAUUCAGCAAGCAUUGAUAAUGAAAUAAAAAGGCCGACAGAUAUUUCUAGUAAUCCAGCAACAAGAUCUGCAAGUUUUUGUUCUAUUAGAUCAUCUGCUAUAUCUCCACCUCCACCUCCACCGCCAACAAGAAAUUCUUCUACUUCGAAUGCAAAAAAAGAAAGACCAGCUAGCAUCGCGGCUGUAUCGCCUUUAGAUCUUCCUAGUAGUCCAGAGUAUGCUACUAUAAAUAAAUAUUUUGAUACUUCACCAAGUAUACCAGAGUAUGCAGUUGUACAAAAAAAUACAAAUGUACAAAAUAAACAUUUCCAAAGAAACCAAGAACAACGAGAAGUUCCAAAAAAUGCUGUUACUCCUGCUCCAGAAAGGGCACAAGAUGUGUCUGUACCAGAAUAUGCAGUUGUACAAAAGAAUAAUGCAGGUAAAGCGCAUUCGCGAAAUGUGGACAUAUCAAAAACCACAUCUGUUCAACAUACAAAAGGUUUCAACAACACAGAAAGUGGUUUGGCUUCCAAAAAUGCCCUUGCGAGCUCAAGUAUUGAUAUUUAUUCACAAACAAAAUCACAUAUUUCCUCCCACGAAAGAAAUUCUGAUAUAUCUAGUCCGACACGGAGUAUGUCGAUCGAGAAUAUUCCUAGUAUUGCUUAUGAAAAUAAGGCGAAGAAAGAUAAUGACCUGCUUGACACGCCUGAAUAUUUAAAUUAUCCUUCGAAUGCUAUACGUUCGCCGCCAAAAACUUCUGAAUGGAGAAACGAGUGGUUGGCCAAAAAUGAUGAAAUUCUGAAAAAAGCAGCAAACUUAAAGAAUUCUAAAGAGGUUUUAGAUGUAGAAAUCAAAAACGAAAUCGUUAGACCUGAUCCAAGACCAGACUGGGCCAGACCAAGUGUAAAUACUGUAAGGAAAAAAGACAGUGUGAUGGAUGAAAGGAAAAUAGACCCGCCAAGAUCUCCGGAUCCGGAAUUAAGACCACCUUCAGGAGGUACGGAUAGUGCUUCUUCUAGUAUGAGCUCCCCUAGCUCCCCUUCUAAGGAUAGUAAAGAAGAGAAGGCAGAUAAGGAAAUGUCUGAAAAAUUUCAAUCGGGUCGUAACAGCUAUGACUUGGAACCUGAAGAGCAAGAUAAGCCUGCAACAUACACAGAAUUUAUUCCUGAGAAGGAUAUUUCAGAAAAAAAUUCAAGAUUUAGUGAAUCUGACACUACUACAGUUAUCCGACGUUCUCAUGUACGUGUUGAUCUUCAAGCUGCUGGUCUGGGACACCGGCCAUCAUCUGUUGUCAGUUCAGAUCAAGAAUUUCCACCAUUAGAACACAAAGAUAUACCUAUACCUUCGCCGUAUGCAAGAAAAAUGCAACAAAAUCAAGAAGUUUCUGCACAAAAUAACGAAGGUAAACCUCAAAUGAAAGCUAACAUAGAAGAAAAUGUGUUGAUAAAAACUGAUUCAACAAAAAGUUGCCAUAAUAAAAUAUCUCAAGAUAGUAAUCAUGAUCAUACAAAAACGAAUUCAGUGAUCACGGAAGUAAAUCAAAAUGUAGUCUUAGAUAAUAAUAAGUCAAAAUCAAAUAUUACCAAUGAAAGGCAUACAUUUACUGAAAGUGUAUGUCAGAAAACUGUAUCUAACGCCAAAAACGAUCAAAUAAAAAUUUCUGUGCGAGAAAAGCUAGCAAAAAAUAAAGAAGAAGUAUCUGGGAAACGUUCAAGUUUUGCUGAAAUUGACAAUAGAGUAGAUCAAACGGACAAAGCCAUCUUAAAUGCAAGUCAGUGUUCAGCGAUUUUAAAUACUCAAAGUAGUGAGAAUUUAUUAGAGAAACCUAUUAAUAAUGAAUCGGAAUUAGAUGAAGCAGUACUCUCGGCAAAUACAUCUGAAUUUAUGUCAAGAACCGGUAGCCAAAAGGAUUAUAUAACACUAGCAGGAAAUACAAUACCGUCACCUAAUUCUCAAACAAUAAACAAUAUUUUAAAUAGGGGUAUAGAAGAUUUAGAUCAACCUCAAACAACUUGGGAGCAGGAGAAACAAAAAGCUGAUCAAUUAGCGAAAUUACGGUUACAGGAAAGCACUUCUACAAAUGCUGUUCAAAAGAUUAAUGUACCUCAAAGCGUGUCACCUACAACUCAACAACAUAUAGAAACGAAGCAAGUGAAUGAACAUGUUAUAUCUGAAAGUAGUCUUUAUGAAGAUAGUGAUUCCAGUGACACUAAGACUGUUACAAAUUUGGAAUAUGCACCAGCAAUGGAUGUACAAGAUGUUAGUGAACACACAGUCUCUAAGACUGCAGUGGAAACUCCUAAAACUAAUGUUAAUCAAACAGUUCCUAUAACGCCAGAUACUAUGACAGCCGACGAAGCGGAAAACCUACUGAGUUCCCGUAUCCUAGAGAAAAAAAUAAGACAAGGAUCAGCUUUGUUAUCGGAUGAGGAAGCACAGGAAAUAGCAAGACUAUUAUCUCCUACUACAAAUACUGAACCUGUAAACGAAGAAAAUGCUAUUGAUAAAAAUAAAGAAAUGGACAAAGAGAGGGAGAGGGAAGAUCAAGAUAAUACACCAGAUUGGCUGUCUGAUGUCCUGUCUGCUCCUGAUACCAGUCUUAUUAAUAGCACCACUAAUGAUUAUAGUUUGUCCCAUAGAUCACGUAGCGAUUUAACAAUUGAUUCGUUAACGGAGAGUCGUGUGGGUUCUGUAACGGGCAGUGAAAGUGGUCUGCUAGGAUCUGUUAGUAGUUUGAACUAUACUCACGAAACUAACGACGACACUGAAACUGAACAUCAAGAUGAAUAUAUUCCACCAACGCCUGGCAAAGUUGUGCUCGUGGAGAAUGGUGUACAUUAUUUUGAAGACGGUCAUUUUUGGAUGGAAGUUGCUGGGAUACCAGAAUCGGACGAGGAGAAAGAGGAUUAUCCGACAAAUUUACCUGUUAAAAAAAUGACUAAAGUUUCAUUUGACACGGGACCAAUGAAAGUUUAUUCGACGCAUUCAGUGAACGAGUAUGAUCGUCGAAAUGAAGACGUGGAUCCUGUUGCCGCAAGCGCAGAAUAUGAGCUUGAAAGACGAGUGGAAAAGAUGGAGGUUUUCCCAGUGGAACUUAUGAAAGGACCAGAAGGUCUCGGUUUAAGUAUAAUUGGAAUGGGAGUUGGUGCGGAUGCAGGACUUGAAAAAUUGGGCAUAUUUGUAAAAACUAUCACAGAGAAAGGCGCGGCUGCACGGGAAGGCAGAAUACAAGUAAACGAUCAAAUCGUUGAAGUGGAUGGAAAAUCUUUGGUUGGCGUUACACAAGCUUAUGCAGCCAGUGUUCUUCGUAAUACUUCAGGUCUUGUGCGUUUUGUGAUUGGCAGAGAACGCGACGCAAACUCGGAAGUAGCCAUGCUAAUUCAACAGAGUCUUCAAGCAGAUAAAGAAAGGGAACAAGCUAACUCUGCAAGAAAACUUAACUUUUCGGAUGCUUCGCCUGAUAGUCAACGAGGUGGUGAGGAUGUGUCUGUUGGAAGUAUGAGUGCAAUACCAGGCUCUCCAGCUAUGUCAUCAUGUUCUGAAGGGGAACCGCCUCAGAGUCCCAUAGAAAAUUACUUGUCUGCUUCUGGACGGAGUAGAUCUCCUAUCAUCAGUCAAUCUAUGCCACCAUCUGUGACUACACAAAGUGACGUUGACAGUUUAAGACUGCUUUUACAAGAGCUUGUAGACUUGGAAAACAGUGGGGCGGGUAGUGAGGAAUAUGCAGCGAAAUUGCGCGAAUCUGGUUUACGACUCCAUGAAUCUGAAAGAGCCUUAGGCACCGCUAGACAGGAUUUGGCAAUGGCACGAGAAAUGCUUUCUCAAGCAACAGCACAGAAUGCUGCUUUACAACAAAAAUAUGCACGAGCAAGGAGAGCUGCACGCGAAUUACGCGCGGAUAUUGCGGCCCGUGAUGAAUUCUACCAACAGUCGUUACAAGAGAAAGACACUGAAUAUAAUGCUCUUGUUAAAAGUUUAAAAGAUAGGGUAAUCAAGCUAGAAGCGGAAUUAACCGAUACACAAAGAAAGUUUGGAUUACCAGUGAGAUUGCCUUACGAUGGUACAACGACUAGAAUAGUCACGCCACAAUUAUCGCGUCGUCAAUUACCUCCUCCUCCUUCAUCAACUAGCUGUCAGCUUUCAGACACAGAAACAUCGGAUCUCAGUAGCCCCGACGAUGGUGAUAAAACUGCAACAGUGGAGAGAAAAUUACCGCUUCCACUACCGGUCAAGGAAGAAUUAGACCGAGCAGUACCUGCUCAUCGACUUCUCGACAAUUCUGCUGGGAAAAGUAAAGCUGAACUUGCUAGCAGAGGAGGACUCGCAAAUCGACAACUUCCUAAACGAUCUGGUGGCCUUAGUAAUAGCAGUUCUGACUAUGGUUUGGACGAAUCAGGUGACAAUACCGAUGAGGAUUCAUCUUCGAAGCUUCUUUCUCAAGAUACAAGUAGCAGGUCUCCGAAUGAUUUGACAUCGAAACAAUCAAAUUUGAGUUCCUAUUCCAGUAGUUCUUCGAUUAGUUCAUUGAAAAGUAAACAUAUGGAACCUACGCAUCCGACGGCAAUCCGUCAACACAGCACUAUUAGUUCGCAAGUCAGAGCUAUGACAGAACAAAGUUGGCCACAAUCCCAAAAAAAUUUAACCGGACCACCGGCAUCAUUAGCAGAACAAUUGAAGCAAGUUCUAGCGGAAAGAGAAAGACGGCUUGGUGGAAAUGAUAUGUCAUCAUCGAGGGAGAGUUCUGGAGACUUUAGUGAUUUAAAUAAUCCGCAUAAUAAUGAUCCAGCUUUGGUUACCCAUCAUUUAGUGGAAGAAAUACGGCAAGCUGUAAACGAGGCCAAUCAAAGAGUAAAAAAAGUCACUAUUCCUUCGACAAAUAUCAUUGGUAACAGCGCUACACCCUGGCACCAUCCAGGUAGUUCACCUUCCAGUCUAUCUUCUGGUGGAUCUGUGAGUCCACCUGCUGUUGAUCCUAGUCCAUCGAAAACAGAUACGAGCGAAGUUUGGUUGCCUCCUCAUCCAGGCGACUUUGGUUUAGGUGACAAGAAGUCUCACUUUUGGCAGAAUGCACCAGUCACAGAUUGGUCCAAGGAACAAGUGUGUCAGUGGUUAUCAGGAAUUGGUUUGGAGCGUUAUGCGCCACGCUUUUUGGAAACUGGAAUUAAUGGUGGAAAUCUUUUGCGACUCGAGUCGCGAGACCUCAAAGCUUUUGGCAUUUACGGCGAAGAAAAGUCACAUUUGAAGCGAAAGUUAAAAGAGCUUAGAGCACAGGCAGACCGGGAGCGUAAAGAGAGAAAAGAAAUCGAACGAAUGCGACGAAAAGCAGAAAAGGCUGCAAGGAAAAAAUAAUUUUUGCAUAGAAUUAUGUAUUUGUGUACUUCAUAAAAUGCAAUAAUAUUGCACAAAGAGUCGAUGACAUAUGGAAGUCUCAUAUACGAUAUUCCAGCGAUAUCCGUAAUGUAUUUUUCAAUUCUUCCGUCUGUAUUUAAUUCACUAGUGCGUAUAAGCAGUCACAAGUUAAGUAAAUGUUCUCGUUCGGAUUUCUUAUUAUCCGAAAUCUUAAACUUUAAUUAUUUAUACUGAGUUAUAAAAUUUUGAUCUUUACAUUUUUGCAUUUAUUUAUAAUCGUUGUAUUCAUGUUGCUUCAUUGUUUUUGUAGUAUUUGUAUUAAUUAUUAAUAUUUAUGAAGCGACAAUGAAUACAGUUCGAGGAAAAGGCAUGUAUAAUUCUAAAAGCAUGCCUACUAUGCCAGACGUAUGCAAGUGAUAUGUAUUGUAUAAUAUUCAAGCCAUUUAGGUAAAUUGUAAUAAAACUUUGAUUAUAUAGUUCUUUUUUUAUAAUUGUAAGUAUAUACUUUGUAAUGGCAUCAGUUUCAUGUUACUAGAAUACAUUGUUUCUGUAUUUAUUUUUACUAUCGAUUUAAUCGUGUAAUAACAAUUUGUCAUAACGGAUAAUACAAAUGCUAGUAAAAUAGGAUUCUAGCGCAAACUAUUACUGGAAGAAAAUGACUGUCCUUUAGUAUGUACAUCAUUGAACUAUCAACGAAUUUGUAAUUAUCAAUACGGUGUGUGUUAUAAAUUCCAUUGUAGAUUGAUCGAACUAUAAAAUAAUUCUAUUCAUCUGUAUUUAUUCCAUCUAAAUUUGCUCAGACUAUAUUUCAUAACACCAGCAAGUUAUCGCAUUUUUCUAUUUAUAUCGAACGAAGUAUUAAUUAAAUCAUAUUGUACCACCGUUUUUUAUAUAUUAAAAUUUUUCUUUUAAUCGUACGAAAUUUGUAUUAUGCGUAUCAAAUAAUAGAAAUCCGCACAACGUCGAUUUUAUUGUGACGAUAAUUUUUAAGUUAUGUGAUGAAUUUCUUCAGCGUUUUGUAUACUUUAGACAUUCCAUGCGAUUUUAUAGUUUUAUCUUUAUUCUUACACGAGUAGAACAAAUACUACAGAAGCUUUUUUGCUUCGAGCGAUGUCCCUAUACAUGCGUGAAUAUUCUAUGAAUACAUUGUGUAUUAAAUAAUGUAUAUGAAUACAAGAUUAGUAACCAAACGAGAACGCGUACUAAAUGUUUAUUCAAGUAAUUACGGGACCCACUUGGGUAUAAUGUAGACGACAAACGUACCUCAUCGUACGUAUACGUAUUUAUAAACAUGUUAAAGAUUUUGUACAAUGUUAGGUACUCUGUUUUCUCUUUAUAUCGUUCUUUUCACGAAGAACAUGUUUCUUUUUCAUAAAACAACUAAACGAGCAAAGUAUUUGACAUUGAUACAUAUUGUACAUAUUACAUAAUGAAUGAUCACUAAUAUUGUAAUCUACAAAAAAUGAGUAUGACGUAAGGCGUGUAAGAGGCAUAACUAUAGUGUCAUAAUAUCUUUAUAGAAAAUAGUUUCUCAUUUCCUAACUUAAGCGUUUAUCAAAGGUCCUCCAUUUUUUAACAGUACUACGUAUCACAAUACCUUUAAAACAAUUAAUACUUGUUAUUUCCGUUGUUAUGUACAACGAAAUGUGGGAACUAAAUUCGAAAAAAAAAAAAAAAAACAAGUCAUUAACAAAUUCUUGCGUCUCAGGGUAAAUCUAAAUAUGUUUCGAAAUACGUAUGGUCAAUGGAUGAAAAAAUUGUCAAGGAUCAGAACGUCCUGCAAUUCGUUUUUAAAUAGUAUGGCAAUUUUGUAGGAGCAGACGUUUGAUAAAAACUGACUGAUUUACAAUAAGUUUUUGUAGUUGAUUUUCAACGAAUGGCUUAGGUAUGUGACUUAAUGAAACAACACUUGUCCAAAAGUAAUAAUCUAGCCC